GAUUCACUGCUUUUCUUUUGGCUGCCUGUAAAUAAGUAGUUUAGUUCAAUUGUAUUUGAUUUGUGAUUAUUCUGAGUCUCUAUAUGAUGGAGGAUACAGAAUUUCAGGAAGGUGACAUAUUCCGGCUAGUAAAUUUCGAUGAUCUAGAACAGCUUGAUUGGGAUAAUCUGUUUACUGGACUACCUGACGGUUUACCUUCUCUGCCUACGAAAUCACCACCUCCUAUUGAUGUCUUUAACUCGUCCCCUGAUUCAGUGUCUUCGUGGAUCGGGCAGCUUGAGAACGUUUUGAUGGAAGAUGAUGACGAUUGGGCAGCUGAGCCCAGCUUGCAAAUUUCUGAAAAUUUUUUCGCUGAUAUACUAGUUGAUUCGCCCCCUGGCUCUGCCGAGGUUGCUGAUGCUUCCACCGACAAGGACUCGGCUGCUUCCGAUCAUGGAAACAGUGGCGCUUCAGAGACGGAAAAGGAAUCGGAGAAGAUAGUUCCUGAUAGAGCUGAGGUGAAAAACGACGAUGAAGACCCCGAUGAUCACAUUUCUAAAAAACUGAGAAGGCAAUUGAGAAAUAGGGAUGCGGCAGUUAGAUCAAGGGAAAGAAAAAAGAUGUAUGUGAGGGAUCUUGAAAUUAAGAGCAGGUAUUUGGAGGGAGAAUGCAGAAGAUUGGGGCGGUUGCUUCAGUGUUUUGUUGCAGAGAAUCAAGCUCUGCGUCUUAGUUUGCAGAAGGAUAAUGCAUUUGGUGUUUCCUCGGCCAAGCAGGAGUCUGCUGUGCUCUUGUUGGAAUCCCUGCUGUUGGGUUCCCUGCUUUGGUUCCUGGGCAUCAUGUGCCUAUUCACUUUGCCCAAGCUUCCACACUUAACUCUGGUGGCAGUUCCACUGGAAAACGAGGAAAAGAAAAUGGCAGAAAAAGGAGCAGGAAGUAAGAUGGUGAUAGGACCUUUAAUGAACAGUAGGAGAUGCAAAGCAUCAAGGACAAGGAUGAAAACAGAAUCCAUUUCUGAUGGAGUCUUGGUGUGAAUCUUUUCUGAUGCGACGAAACUCUUUCUAAGUGAGUAAAAAUGCUGGUGGAAUUGGACUUCUAUGAACUUGGCCACUACUGUUCCCCAGCACUGAUGGUUUGGCCAUGAUAUGUUAACCUUUGAUUUGUCGUGAAAAUCUUUAUUUAUUUGCUUCUUUUUUAUAUAUGUAUUAUGAAUUUUCAAUCGUUUUAGUAUUAUAUUACAUUUAGUAUA